AUGGGGAACAGCCAGAAUGUUUCCACUAGGAACCCACUGAGCAGCCCUGAUGACUCACAGACAAGAGAAAAAUAUACUAGUGAUGACCUGAGGAACACUGAAGGCCUAGGCCCCACUGAUGACUACACUACUGAACCCCUGGUGACCUCUGAGGACUACACCUCGGCCGAUCCGGGGACCACCGAGGACUACACCUCUGCCGAUACAGGGACCACCGAGGACUAUACCACUGCAGACCUGGGGACCACCGAGGACUAUACCACUGCAGAUCCGGGGACCACCAAGGACUAUACCGCUGCAGACCUGGGGACCACCGAGGACUAUACCGCUGCAGACCCGGGGACCACCGAGGACUACACCUCUACCGAUCCGGGGACCACCGAGGACUAUACCACUGCAGACCUGGGGACCACCGAGGACUACACCUCUGCUGAUCCAGGGACCACCGAGGACUAUACCACUGCAGACCUGGGGACCACCGAGGACUAUACCACUGCAGAUCCGGGGACCACCAAGGACUAUACCGCUGCAGGCCUGGGGACCACCGAGGACUAUACCACUGCAGACCUGGGGACCACCGAGGACUAUACCACUGCAGAUCCGGGGACCACCAAGGACUAUACCGCUGCAGGCCUGGGGACCACCGAGGACUAUACCACUGCAGGCCUGGGGACCACUGAGGACUAUACCGGGGCAGACCUGGGGACCACCGAGGACUAUACCGCUGCAGACCCGGGGACCACCGAGGACUACACCUCUACCGAUCCGGGGACCACCGAGGACUAUACCACUGCAGACCUGGGGACCACCGAGGACUACACCUCUGCUGAUCCAGGGACCACCGAGGACUAUACCACUGCAGACCUAGGGACCACUGAGGACUAUACCACUGCAGAUCCAGGGACCACCAAGGACUAUACCGCUGCAGGCCUGGGGACAACCGAGGACUAUACCACUGAAGGCCCCGGGACCACUGAGGACUAUACCGGGGCAGACCUGGGGACCACCGAGGACUAUACCGCUGCAGACCCGGGGACCACCAAGGACUACACCUCUACCGAUCCGGGGACCACCGAGGACUAUACCACUGCAGACCUGGGGACCACCGAGGACUACACCUCUGCCCAUCCAAGGACCACCGAGGACUAUACCACUACAGACCUGGGGACCACCGAGGACUCGAGGACUAUUACCACUGCAGAUCCAGGGACCACCGAGGACUAUACCACUAUAGAUGUGGGGAUCACCGAGGACUAUACCACUAUAGACGUGGGGACCACCGAGGACUCUUUUACUGCAGACCCGGGGACCACCAAGCAUUACACCACUAAACAUCCAGACACUCGCCCUGAGGAAACAGAUCCAGUUACCUCAGUGAAACCCAUGGGCUACGGACACCUAUCAGAAUCAUCUUCAUUUCCCUGGCUGCCACCACAGUGGCAAUUGCACUCUUUGUUGGACUUGGCUUCUUUGUGGUGA